AUGUUAUUCACCAAUAUCAUCGCCAGUGCUCUUUUCAUUGGAAGCAGUCUUGCUGCUCCCCAUUCGCUCAAUAGCAUUGAGCCCGUUCAAAUGUCUCCGCGAGAGUACUGGGCCUUCGCUAUUAAACUCCGCGAUGGCUCUGUAAAGGAGAAGCGCGCACCUGAAGCUGACAUUGCCGCUCGUGAGUACUGGGCUUUUGCAAUUAAGCUCCGCGAUGGCGUCACUGCCAAACGUGCUAUUCUAGAAUCACAAUGCGAGCAGGCAGAGGAGGGAAUUUAUUGCACCUACACAAGUGCAGAUAUCGAGGCAUACGGCAGGGACUCUAAGCUACAGGAGGGCUGCGUCACUACCGAUACGGGAGUCUCAUGUUUCUAUCCUGGAGCAACUCCUGAAGAUGCUGCAUCAUGCUGA